CUACCCCUGGCGUCUCGGUGGCCAGCGUCUUAUCUCCACUGAGAGCGCGGGCGGCCCCUCUACCUCACGCGUCUCGGUGGCCGGCGCCAACCCCGCCCGCCCACUCUGCGGCGCUCGGAGGAAAUGGCUGCGAAACCCUGGAAGCUUGCGGCCCACGGAGCUUACUCCGUGGACACAGUCUCAAGAUAAUUUACCUUGUGAUCUGUGAACAGUGGCUGACGACAGCAGCAUUGGGGGCCUGGCGCUUUCCUUGUGCCACGAGGUUGUAACGGCCCUGUUUGUGCUGGGUUUAGGAAGUCGGGAGAAGCGCCCAUGCUUCUGUGUGGGGCAGGUUUUCAUUCUGUACGAGUCCUUCCCCCGGGAUGGAACGUGGCAUAAAAUCUGAGUUGUCAUUAGCAUUUAAAUGUAAUUGAAGCCUGUACAGCUUGGGGAAAAAAUUCUUAAGGUAUGGAUGACAAGGGUGACCCAAGUGGUGAGGAGGCGCCCAAAGCCAUCAAGCCCACCAGCAAGGAGUUCCGGAAGACUUGGGGCUUCCGGAGGACCACCAUUGCUAAGCGCGAGGGUGCCGGGGAUGCGGAGGUGGACACCCUGGAGCCGUCGCCCCGGCAGCAGCAGAGCCCAUCCCUGCGGCGCAGUGGGCGGCAGCCGAAGCGCACUGAGCGGGUGGAGGAGUUUCUAACCACUGUGCGGCGCCGUGGCCGUCGGAGUGCCCCCGUGUCCCUGGAGGACUCUGGGGAGCCAGCGUCCUGUCCAGCGACAGACGCGGAGACCGCCUCUGAGGGCAGUGUGGAGAGCGCCUCGGACGGGAAGAGUGGGCCCAGGUCCAGCUCCACGGGUGCUAAGCAGCGGCUGGCCUCCUCGGCAAAGGCCAGAGAGGGCGAGGACGAGGACGACACGUCCGACAGCGACAGCGACGGACUGACCUUGAAGGAACUCCAGAACCGCUUGCGGAAGAAGCGUGAGCAGGAGCCCGCGGACCGGCCCACGAGGGGCAUCCAGAACCGCCUGCGGAGGAAGCGGCGAGAGGAGGACCCGGCUGAGACCGUGGACGUCCAGGCAGGGGAUGUGAUGGAGGGCUCACUGCCCGCCUCACGGGAGCCUGAGGGCGACCUGGGGGCUGCGGCCCAGGCAGCAAAAGAGGACAGAGAGGGCCGGCAGGAUGGGAGAGUGGCCCCAGGAGGGAGAGCCGAGGAAGCCGCAGACUCGGUCCGGCACAAGCCGGAGUGUGAGGUGUACGACCCCAGCGCCCUGUACUGCCUGUGCCGCCAGCCUCACAACAACAGGUUUAUGAUUUGCUGUGACCGAUGUGAAGAAUGGUUUCAUGGUGACUGUGUGGGCAUUUCUGAGGCUCGAGGGCGCCUCUUGGAGAGGAAUGGGGAAGACUACAUCUGCCCCAACUGCACGAUCCUGCAGGUGCAGGAUGAGGCCAGCUCAGAAGCCACAGACAUGCAGGACACGAGGUCAGGACCCCUGGGUGCCGACAGCACGGACUUCACCAGUAUAGGAACCGUGGAGCAGAAAUCAAGUGAAGACCAGGGAAUUAAGGGUAGAAUUGAAAAAGCUGCAAACCCAAGUGGCAAGAAGAAACUCAAGAUAUUCCAGCCCGUCGUGGAAGCGCCUGGUGCUGCCAAGUGCAUCGGCCCUGGGUGCUCAAGCGUGGCACAACCCGACUCAGUCUACUGCAGCAACGACUGCAUCCUGAAGCACGCUGCGGCCACCAUGCGCUUCCUGAGUGCAGGGAAGGAGCAGAAACCCAAAGCAAAAGAAAAGCUGAAGACAAAGCCAGAAAAAAUCGUUCUUCAAAAAUGUAGCGUUCAAGCAGGCAUUAAAAUCUCUUCUGUGCACAAGAGACUGGCUUCAGACAAGAAGGAAAACGUGGUGAAGAAGGCAGCAGUGGCCCCUCCCAGGAACGAGGUCCUCACUAAGGAGCCAGUCUGUGAGAGCAGCACGCCGUCCUGGGCCAGCGACCACAAUUACAAUGCAGUAAAGCCAGAACAGACUGCUGCCCCCUGGCCGCCACUGUUGUAUAAAUCUGUGAAGGAGGACAGACGCAUGGAGGACAAGACGGCUGUGGUGGUGGCGAAGAAGUUGGCUCCUCCAGGCUCCUCGGGGGCCGGCAGACAACCCCCGGGCAGAAAUCUCCUUCCAAAGAAGUCCCCUUCUUUUGCAAACACAGCAGUGGCCAAGCCCACUGUCAGAAAGUCGCCCUCAGGCUUCAAGGGCACCAUCCCCAAGAGGCCAUGGCUCUCGUCCACCACCUCCCCCUCAGGCAGCGCUCCCCCUGCCAAGCAGGCAGGGCUGGUGACUGCUGCUGCCGCGUCUGCUUCCAGAAAGUUCCCCAGCUCUGCUGCUUCUGUGGGAGCUGUCAGGAAGCCUGGGAGCACCUCCGUUCCCCUGGCCUCUCCAGCGCCGGGACGCCUGGGCCCCGUGAGCCCAGCCUCAUCCCAGCCAAAUUCACAAAUUCGGCAGAACAUAAGACGCUCCUUGAAGGAGAUCUUGUGGAAAAGAGUCAAUGACAGUGAUGACUUAAUUAUGACAGAAAAUGAAGUAGGGAAAAUUGCACUGCUCAUCGAGAAGGAGAUGUUUAACUUGUUCCGAGUCACGGACAAUCGGUACAAGAGCAAGUACCGCAGCCUCAUGUUCAACCUCAAGGACCCCAAAAACCAGGGACUUUUCCAUCGAGUUCUGCGUGAAGAAAUCUCAUUGGCAAAACUGGUGAGAAUGAAGCCAGAAGAACUGGUCUCCAAAGAGCUCUCUGUGUGGAGAGAGCGAACGACAAAGCCUGUGAUGGAGUCCAGAACGAAAUUGCACAAUGAGACUAAAAAGCCUGCCAUUAAACAGGAAGCUGUUCCCGACAUGGAAGACUCUCCACCAGUGUCAGACUCUGACGAACAGCAAGAGUCGGUGCGGGCGGCCCCCGAGCGGAGUGCAGCGCCACUGCCGGGCGUCUUCAGCAGCAUGCUGCAGGACACGACCAGCCAGCACCGGGCACACCUCUUUGACCUGAACUGCAAGAUCUGCACGGGUCAGGUUCCAUCCUCGGAAGAUGAACCAGCUCCGAAAAAACAGAAGUUAUCAGCCUCUGUCAAGAAGGAGGAGUCCAAGUCCAAGCGCGACAGCCCCCCACCUGAGCCAGUUCUCAGCGAGGCAGAUGACGCGGCACCCGAAACCCCACCUGAAAAUGCCUCAGAGCCAGACCUGGAAAGUGCAGCUCGCACCCACUUGGAGAGGAAGUACCUCCCCGUGCCUCUGGAGGACAGCCAGCCUGAGCCCCCCGCCCUGGAAGGUCUGCCCUGCCCCACCCCUGGUGGUGGCAGCGUGCUCACCACAGUCACAAUGUCCGGCCGGGACCCCAGGACUGCACUGGGCGGGCCGAGCACGGCCACAGCUCCCGCAGCAACCCACCCGGAGGGCACCACCCCAGCAGAGCCCCGACAAGAUGCACCAAAGCCAGUGCCACCCUCCGUGACGGUGCCCAAGUCCAUCCUGGCCAAGCCAUCUGCAUCCCCCGAGCCCAGAUACCUCCUGUCCGUGCCGCCGUCCCCAAGCAUCAGCAUCUCCGAGUCCCGGUCCCCUCCUGAAGGAGAUACAACCCUCUUCUUGUCUCGACUCAGCACCAUUUGGAAAGGAUUUAUUAACAUGCAAAGUGUAGCCAAGUUUGUCACUAAGGCGUAUCCUGUCUCUGGAUGUUUUGAUUAUCUCAGUGAGGACCUGCCCGACACGAUUCACAUUGGUGGGAGGAUUGCUCCAAAGACCGUUUGGGAUUACAUCGGCAAGCUCAAAUCCUCAGUGUCCAAGGAGCUCUGUCUGAUCCGCUUCCACCCCGCGACCGAGGAGGAGGAGGUGGCCUACAUCUCACUCUACUCCUACUUCAGCAGCCGCGACCGCUUCGGCGUUGUGGCCAACAACAGCCGGCACGUCAAGGACCUCUACCUGAUCCCACUCAGCGCCACUGACCCCAUCCCCUCCAAACUGCUGCCCUUUGAGGGGCCAGGUAAGCACCAGCCUUCAGACCCCAAACAUCCCCUCCCGCCGACGCCAAGCCUCCCCUAGACCUGCCUCGGCAGCGGAACUUGGAGCAGAGCUGAAGCAGCUUGGGCUGCAGAACUUCUAGGGUAGAGGAGGGGGCACUGGAAGUACCCUGUCAAGGCGUGAAUUGUCUUAAAGAGUUUUGUGCAGAGGGCCAAGCCUGCAGUGUCCACCUAGAGCCUGCCUGGCCCCAGGUAAGCAGGUGUUGACGCGCAGGAGCAGGGGCAGUGCGGGGCGGGCCAAGGUCUGGCCUUUCGGUCCUGCCUUCCUCCGGACGUCAGCCGGGCUGUUCCCCCUCGUCUUGGAGAUUCAUUUCAAGGAGUUGCAAGAAAUGGCAGUGAAAUAGGAAAUGGCUCUAGAAAUAGGCACUUUGAAACCUGCUGCUUGAGUUUUACCUUCAGUGGGCCUCUUUCUGCUUGCUCCUUCCUAACAAAGUUCUGCGUGAAAGCGUGACUUACACACUGAUCUCUUGUGGAGGGGCCAAGGUGGUUCCAAGGGGGAUGUGGUCUCUGAGGGCCCUCUAAACCCUGAGAGGUUGAUGUGACUUAAGUUUCACAGAAAGAUGCCCCCGUGGGAGCAUCCCCUUGGCCAUGAAGCCCCUAAGACUGAUAGCCCCUCAGAGAUGCCGAGUCCACCACGUGUUCAGGGCUCUUGAAGUACUUUACUUCAGGGGUGGUGGCUGCAUCUGGCAUCUUUAGAGGCCCCCUGCACCUGGCAUCUCCGUGUCCAUGGCCAUGCUCCUGCCACAGCCACAUGCACACAUGCGUCCACCUGUGCUGUCUGGGCCCCUGCAGGGCAGCUCACCCCUGGUGGGUUCUGCAGCUGUGCCUCCCGAGUCCUGUCAGCCCCCACAGCCACAGGUUUGUGCUCUUAGAACCACACACAGACUGUCUCAAUGCCAAACACGUGUCAGAAGCCAAGUGCUUUGGGGGGCCGUUGGCCUUCCUUGUGCUAAAGUGGUGCUGCCUGAUGGGUGGCAGGGAGGGCUGUGGCCAAAGUUCUUGGCAGGCAGCUCCUGAGGCUCUGGCCAGUCCCCGGACACCGUGUUCCAGAUGCUGCAGUGACGGUCGUGAAGCCAACUACCCGACACUGUGAGGAGCCCCUGGUCAGUCCUGAGGGCGGUGGCCUUUAUGGGGCCUAGCGCAAGCAUAGACAGGGAUAGGCACACACUGAGUGCUUGUCCAGUGGGGCAGGGAGACCGUUCCAGCCUUGUCGGAGCCCCUCUUGUAGCUCCACCUGCAGACUCCAUGGCUCCGUCCCAGAGUAUCUUGUCACAUGAGCCAGGGACUAGCCAGGUUUGGGGCCACGGGACAGUCCCCGGGAGACCAGAGGUGGAUGAGUCAGGUGUGGGGAUGCAGUAGGGAGGGAGUGGCCACGGGGCCACCAAGGAGACUUCUCCAGUGAAGCCCAGACAGGAGCUGACACUGUGCCGUGCUGGGUGGGGGCCACACUGGGCAUUCCGGGUGACACGACCAUAAGGAGGGCUGGGUGGGAGUGCUUGCCUCAACCGCCAAGUGACCACAUUGGGUGACUAACAGGGAGGACAUCAUUCCUACCCCCACAUUCCCGAGGCUGAGACUCCUGAAGGGGCACCCCACAGCUCCUGUGGCAGAUUUUCACCCACAGUAGAGAGAAGACGUUUCAAGACUUUUUGAUUGAAGGGCUUCUAAGUCUGAGCUUGUUUAACUUGGUAUAUGUGUUUUUAAUUCUCCUGGGAUGUUCAUCUGACAGUGGUAUCUGUGUGUCUUCUCUCCACUUGCACGUUGGCCACACUCCUCCUCCCUGAGCCGCUUCACACACUUAAAUCAUGAUGCGGUGCAAGUGCUCACAGGCAGGUCCCAGGCUCAUGGCGUGUGCAGUGUCUGCCAGGUGGGUAGGGUGCUCUGCUGUCUCUGCACCGUGUUGAUGGCACAGGCCUAGCCUGAGGGGCGUCAUGUCCCUCAAAGCAGCCAGCCCAGCUGAGCACCCGCAGUACCUGGGGGUGUUGCUGCCUGAGGUCACCAGACUGGGGAGUGUGGAGCCAGGGUCUGCCCCGGCCCUGCCUCCGUCCUGAGGCCUCACUGGGGCACAGAGCUUUGAGCAGCCCGCAGGCCGGCUGCCGGAGCUGUAGGUGGAGAGUGACCCACUCAGCAUGACUUGGUCUCUGGAAAAAGUUACCGGUGACCCUCACUACUGAACUUAGGAGCCAGUGGGUUUUCACUGUGUGGCUCACACCCAAGAAGCAGGUGGAGACAAAGGCUUUGAACCCGUGUCCAGAACUGGGGAGGGCUGCACCCUCUGCCUGCUCUCAGCAUCCUCUCCACCCCGCACUGUGGGGAUGGUGGACCUGGAGGGGUCUCCACGCAGAGCCCAUAGCCCAGCCCCCUGCACGGCGUCCAAGCACACCCUGAGCCUGCUCCACCUCCAGGACCUUCUGUCCUGUGUGCUCUCAGACUUGUCCCAGAGAGGCCAGGCUGUCGUCAUGUCACACGCUGCCCCGCGUGUUAUUUCGGGGGACAGCUGGGAGGCCUGCGUCCCUCUGACCCAGCUGACAGUACUCAUGGCCCAGCUCGCUGCCCCUCAUGUUGAGAGAAGGCUCCACUGCUGGGACGCGGGGUCUCAGCCAGGGCUCCGCAACCACACUGAGCAGAGGGCAGGGUCAUACCUUCUAAGGUGUGGCAAGGAGAAGGCCGCUUUCUUAGCAGAUGGGGUCAAUCCGUGGUGUCUUCUGUCUUCACUCCUAAUUGUCUCCUGAGUUAGCUGAAAAUGUCCACGACUUACAAUGUUGUCAGGUAAGCAUGUCUUGAGUGUCUGCUUGUGUUUGUGUGUGUGCGUGCGCGCCUAGUUGUGCGCUUCCGUAACCGUGCAGAGAUACUGUUAUCAGAGUCACAGUCAUGCCAUGAGGAAUGUGUUUCUCUCUCCUUUGAAAUCAAUAAAAAAUAUUUCAUGGAAACUGGUCAUUGUUUGUCUGAGUUUGAACCGUCUGCUAGGCCUUGGUCCCUGUCUAGGUGCACCGUGACUGAGGACUAUCUGCCUGCUUUGCCUACGCCGACUCCGCGAGCUUCUGGCUGUGCGGGCGGCACUGCACGGGCUCCUGGUCGCGGACGGACAGCACUCUGCUCACUGGGACCACAGGUCUUAGGGACCCAGCAUGGGAGGUCUGCUGGGGAGUGAGCGUGCGGGGUCAGGCAGGGCUUCUCCACCCAAACACUAAGGGCGGUAGCUGUUAACACCAACAAAAUUUCUGUUCCCGCAGGUGUGAACAUUUUGUCUUGUCAGAUUCAGGCCAUAAGAAGGUUUUCACUUUAAAUAAUGAAUAGUGGAGCAUGCCAGGUAGAGUUAGGGGUAGGAGCAUCAUGAUGAUGUGGUUAAGGAGGCUGCUCUCUGCUGGUUUGUUGAUUAAAGCUAAACCUCACCCUCCAAGUGCCACAUCUGAGGUAUCUGGGGGCACCCCCACCCCGGGGAGGGGGUUGCUGCUUCUCAUCACUUUCCCUGGCCACCCUGUUGCUGACACACCCAGACACAGGCCCCUGUUUGGACCUUGGCUCAGGAAAUAAUCACACACCUUUUCAGUGAGUCCACUUCUGUCUGUAUGGGCAGUCUGGGACUGGCCCUCCCAGUGUGAACCUGGGGCUACGUGCAGCUGAAAGACUUGUUUCACCCCCUUGGAACAUUGUGGACCGUUUGCUCUCACAGUUUGGAGAGUCGAGUGGGGGUACCAACAUCCUGGUGCUCAGUCUGGUCAACACCCCUUGUCUGGAAUCAGUAGUUCAGUGUCCCCCACACCUACUUCUCAUCUACUUUCUCAUAAGCUUCACAACCACCCUCAAAGGGAGGUGGGUACAUCAGCACCCUGGCUGGUCACUGCUGCUGGGGCUAGGGGUGCCCCAUGCCCUCUCUGGAGCCCCUGUCUCUGCACACUCUUCUCAGGGUGCCUCUCCUCCAGGGCUCACACUCAGCAGUGGUCAUGGCCACAUUGGCCCCAGUGGACGUCUUUGGGGACAGCUGUCUCACCACUUCCCCAGUGGCGGCCUUGCCAGACGCCCACGUGUGAGAGUGCAGAACGGGUGCAGUGGACAUGCCCUCAUCUCCAUGAGGGUCACUGCCUAGGCCCCAUGUAGUGCAAGGAGUUGUAGGUCUCCCAUGAGCAAGUCCUUUCCGAGGUGCUGGUGACAUUUCAGAUCUGACUGCUUCCAGAUAGGGGCGUGCAUUGUGAGACGACCCAGUUUAGAUGUAAGAUCCUGGAGAUGAGUAGGGAAGUUCAAAACUAACACUCCUCCUACUCCGGAGCUUGAUGAGGCGUGUGCAGAUGGGGUAGCUGAGAGCAGAAAGCAUUUAACCACAGACCUGCUCAGGGGAUGCCAGGGAGCUUAGUGUUUUCAGAACAAAUGUAAAUGUGAAGCAGUUCCAUCAUAACCUUAUGUGUGAUGGCCGUGACCACAAAGGCAGAGUCUGAAGUGUCUUGCCGAGUCUGAGGUACACUUUGUUGGUUAGGAAGCAUCUGGAGCUGGUGCGAGCCAUGGUGGGAGCAGUGCUGACAGGACAGCAUGCUGACCCCGGAGCUAACGUGGUGACGACGGUCCACACACGGCCACUCUGGCCCGAGCUUGGUUCACACCCCAGGCAGGCCCUAGAGUUGGCCCUUCAGAGGUCUAGCUCUUCAGAAGUGGCACAGCCUGUCUGCGGUGAGAACCGUCAUGGGCCCUGCCCUGAAAGGAUGGCCCUGGCCAGGGCUCCUGCCCACUCUGCCUGCCAUCGCCAAGCACAUCAAUCUGCUGCUCACAGGGCCGCCGAGGCUCCAGCUUGUGCUCAGCAUGGGGACCCGUUCUGCCAGCUCUGGGGCUGUGUCGGCGACAGUCAGCCCAGAAGGGCCUUGAGAGCCAGCUGAGCAACUGACUACCCCAGUCUGGGUUUUUGUGAGCUAUGAAUACUCAGUAGAAGGCUGUUAGAGUGAGAGGCAUACCAAGUUAAAAUAAUUCACUUUGAUUAGAAAGUGAACUUGAUGGGUUACCUUUGACAUCUGAGCAGAGCUAUUUGGAUAUGAUGCUCGGUGCAGUGGGCCUGGCCCUCCUGUGCCCAUGUCCCCGUGACCCCUGUGUCCAGCUCCUCUCUCCACAGCUGUGUCAGGUCAGACAGAGGACAUUCUGGAAGCCACUCCUCUCACUAGUGGGGUUCUUCAUGGGCCCUCGGCCAUUGAACGUCAUCCUGUGAACAGGAGGCCCAGAAGCCAUGUGGGGAGGGGCUGGAGGUGGUUCGUGUGGAGGUUACCCGUGUGGACGCUGGCCUGGCCCAGCUCACUCUGGCGGGCCUGGCUCUCCUCGUCAGCACCUCUCUGCUGGCAUUUAGGAAGGGCGACAGAAAUGCUUGGAACCACGUGAUGAUGUCCAGAGACAACUGAUUUGUGAGCAACUUAAGAUCACAGAACAGGAAAAGCAGUCCCAAUUUUCUUAGUGAAUAAAUAGGAAAUAUAUGAAUAUCUAUAAAUAGUGAUUUAUCCAUAAAUUGAAAUUAUACAAUUUGAUUAAUUUUAACUGUCUUCUGCUGUGGAAACAGAAUUUUUCUCCUGUGUUUAUCAUUUCUUCCUAAAUCACUGAUUUGUGACUUGGGUUUUUCUGUUCCCCUGUCAGUAUUCUGGAUUUAUUAUGAGUGUUGGGGUGGGGGGCAUUACUGAAACAGUAGCGUUUCUGAUAUAGAGUACUACAAUUCAGCCUUACUGAAGAAAUAGUCAUUUUAAAGAACUAUGCUUUUUCUGAAAUUCUCAGCAUGUUUUCCAUCUAGCCUGUCCAUCACCGCCCCUGUCCUGAACACCUGUGCACUUUAAGGCCCAUGUCCUCUGUUGACAAAGACCUGAGCAUUAAGUAGCUCUUGAUAAGUUACUGGUCAUUGAGUUUCUUUCUAAACCUGAAAGAACGUUUAUUUUAGCCCUUUCAGUCAGCAUCAUUUUUCCUGUUAAUUAUAAUUGUUGACACAAGUGAGUGGUGAACUUAAUGGAAUGCUGUGUGCUGUAUUGAUCAUUGUAAUUGAGUUGUAGAAUCGGUCCCUAAUUGAAUCUUCAACAUUAGUAUAAAAUAAAUUAUAUAUUGCAGCUCAUAAGUUAGAGUCGAAAGAGGGUGCUACCCUCCUGAUUUGUAGUUAGAGACAAAUAAAAGAACAGAGCUCAAUUUUAGAAAACAUUGUGGUCCACACAGGCUUCAUGCCCAGUAUGUUAACGGUCUGGGGCGGGCGCUUCUGUCUCAGCAUUGCGUGUAAUUGGAAACCUGUAGGAUCCCAGCCACUGGGAUGAACGUGUCUGUAAAUCAGGCCCCCAGUUCGUGGGUUGUGGGGCGUCAGGCCAGGCAAGUGUGCAGUGCUGUCCUGGUGCAGUAUGCGUCUGUCACCGUAACUCUCCCAACACUUGAUUUUAUCUUGCCAUAGAAUCUCCUCCCCCUCCCUGCCCAUAAUAAAGCUUACCUCUCAAGGACAAAGGCUGGUUUUGAUUCUCACAUUCUCACAACUCUUG